AUGCAGAAGCGUUCAAAGACAGAAAUACCUCCUAUGAAACUCCGUCUUUUGGAUAUGGAUGAAGUUACAGAGCAUGAACCAUCCCGAAAUGUAGGUCAUCCAGCAAUGACAUGGACAUUCGCUAUGGUUGUUACUGGGAAAAGUGGUACAGGUAAAACUAAUUUACUUGCGAACCUUGUUCUUGGUGAUAAGGAUGAAUAUGUGCAAAAGGGGAAGAAAGGCGGGUCUAGAUAUAUCCGCUGUGAUGACCUGAUUAUAUGCGGUUAUCAUCCAGACGAACCAAAAUGGGCAUAUGUUAGAUAUAUAUAUGAUAAGAUUUCGAAAGACCCAAGAGCGCCUUACUAUGAGGAUAUUAAACUGGCCAGUGGCAUCCCGGAACCUGGCACUCAUUCGUACAUUCUCAAAACUCUCAUCGUGCCAGAA